UUGGUGGCGAGAUCGAAGCAAUCUCGGCCGUUGAAUCGAAGUGGCUGAUAAAUGGUCGGUGAGAGGAUAAGCGGGUGGUGGUCGGAGGAGGAGACGAAUCAAGCCAUGGCGGCGGAGUACGUCCAGCGCUUCCACGGCCACCAGCCGGCGGCGACGCAGUGCAGCUCAGCUCUCAUCCACCGUGUCGAAGCCCCCAUCCAACUGGUCUGGUCGCUGGUGAGGAGCUUUGAUCAGCCUCAGAAGUACAAGCCCUUUGUCAGUAGGUGUGUCGUUCGUGGCGAUUUGGAGAUCGGAAGCGUGCGCGAGGUCGAUGUGAAGUCUGGCUUGCCUGCCACCACUAGCACUGAAAGGCUUGAGAUUCUUGAUGAUGAUGAGCAUAUUCUCAGUAUCAAGAUCGUUGGCGGUGAUCACAGGCUCAAGAAUUACUCUUCAAUCAUCACUCUCCAUCCGGAUAUAAUCAACGGGAGACCAGGGACACUUGUGAUCGAGUCAUUCUUAGUCGAUGUGCCUGAGGGAAACACUAAGGAUGAGACAUGCUACUUUGUGGAGAAGGUGAUCAAAUGCAACCUCAAGUCAUUGGCCGAGACGUCUGAGCGUCUCGCCUUGCAGAAUCACAUGUUACCGGUUAACUGCUAAAUUGAAGGUGUCCGGACACUGGCAGCUGAAACGCUGAUUUCCACUCUUCCGGCUGCUUUUCCAAGUCUUCUCUUUUAUCUUUGCAUCACCUAGAAAUGGAUUAUGAUCUAUGUAGACUAUGUUCAGUGUCAACAACUCAAUUCACUCUCUUUGUGCCUCAAAACUGUGUAUUGGAAGUCUCCAUAUAGUUUAUUUAGACUCCUCUAAACCUUACUGUGUUUUGGAGGACAUGUAAAGAUAUGGUGUCCAUAGACAGAAUAGAGGACACUCUGACCUUUCAUGUUAUCUUAAAAUUGAUACUUAAUAAUGCUACUUUUGUUUGUUUUCCAA